AUGGCCGAAUCAAGGAUGAAAAUUUGGAUAGAUGAAACAAACUCCUUGCGCGGAGCGCUUUUGUCGUCCGUCGUGGCGUUUUUACAAAAAUACCCUUUUAUUUUUGGUAAAUCAACCCGCAGUCCCUUCUUAAGUGGAUGGGAUCGCGAUUCUUUGUUUCAUCUUAUCCAGACGCUCCAUCUCCAGCACCGACGAGGUGAGGGGCGGCGCGAUGGCAUCGUGGGGCGGCAUUCCGGUGAGGCAGGGACAACCGUGGGGCUCGACUCGCCCUCCGGCUCCGGCUCCGGCACCGCGUCCAGGGCACGGAGCGGGGCCGAGGAGAGGCCCGCCUUCGGGGAACGCACCAGCUCUGGCUUCGCGUCCAGGGAGCGGCGGAGCGGCGGCGAGAGCGGGCCCGGGGAGAGGCCCGUCUUCGGGGACAGCACCAGCUCCGAGCGGAGGAAGCUCGGCCAAGAGUUCUACAAGGAUAUCUUCCUGGGGGGCGAGCCCACGUCGCCCGGCGGAUCCACCAGCCGCAUGCUGUCGCGGUCCACGUAUUUGGUUCACUUCUCCAUGAAGUUCACCACAGGUGUGGACAGUUCAGUGCCUACUUCUCCAUCCCGGCAUAUAUCCAACAGAAAUGAUGAUGACACAUCUUAUGGUUACAGUGUUCCAGUUUCACCGAAUUCAUCCACGAACAGUUCUUUUGCACAAGGGGUAUCCCAGCAAGAUUCGAAGAAGAAUCCCUUUUUGUGGCAUCGAUAUCCCUUCCUAUCCCGGUUCCGUUCAAGUGGAGAUAAGAAGGAGAAGGACACUUCUCAACGUGUUAACUCUAUGGACAGUGAAUGUGAAGGGACUCCUAUUAGCUCAGCAAGCUUCAUCAGCAGCGACAAGUUCCAUUUUUCAUUCUAUAAGUGGGCAGGGCAAGACAAAGAAGGAGCACGACGGCAGGGUGAUUUGAGGCUCGUGGUGGACCAGCUCAAGCGAGGGGAAGGUCGGAUUCAUCGGCUGACGGCGUCGGCAAGGGGUUCAACGGCGGCCAGAGGAUAUGAUUAUGAUGAUGCUGCAUACUGCUCCUCUGGAGUCUACCUCUCUUUGGAUUCUUGGACACUUAUAGCCAAUGAGACUACAUUUUCGGUUGUUAGCUGGAGCUAUCACUAUGACUCAAAAUUUAUUUCCACUCAAGUAAAUUUAUAUGCUCACUGGAAACCAACGACAGUCAACACUUACCAGCAGUUUGCAGUUUGUAUUAGAAUGUGCCUAAGCCAAUGGUUAGACAAUCUUGGUCAUGAUUUAUGUAGAUUGGAUAGUUCCUUCAAACUGCGCUCUUCAAUCUUGAGUGGACAAUUAUAUGUUUCCUUAUAGAAAAUUUACUAUAUGUUUCAUAAA